ACAUUUGCAAUCCGCCACAGAGUCAUCAUUCCGAGUCGUCUCUCAGUCAAAGACAAGCUCACUCCUCCAAGAUGUUCCGUUUCAUGCUCAUCGCCUCCGCCGUGUUGGCCUGCGCCUCCGCCGCCGCCACUUACAACCAGGAUGCUGGAGCCUAUGUGGUCAAGAGCGCCGCUGACAUCCAGCCCCAGGGCAACUACCAGUACAACUACGAGACUAGCAACGGCAUCGCCGCCCAGGAGUCCGGAAUCGGUGGAAACCACGCCACCGGUGGCUUCUCCUGGUACUCUCCCGAGGGUGAGCUCGUCCAGAUCUCGUAUCUGGCUGAUGAGAACGGUUACCAGCCCUCUGGAAACUGGGUUCCCACUCCCCCACCAAUCCCAGCUGCCAUCCUGAAGUCCCUGGAGUACAUCCGCACUCACCCUCAGUACGUUGAGCCUGCCCAGCGUUCCUCUGGCUUCGAUAGCCGCCGCGCUGGAUUUGUGAAGAAGUUCGCCGGUUAA